GGUGCGGAGGGCGUGACAUUCACAGACUACAAGCCGGCGAAGCUCCCCUAUGGGAAGGCGCACCCAGACCCGGUGGUGGAGACUGCCAGCCUGGGGGCGGUGGAGCCGCCGGAUGUCACAUACGAGCUGCAGAUACAGGACCUGGUUGAGUCAGGCGCGCUGAGUGGACUCCAGCUGGAGAGCAUCGUGUACGCCUGCCAGCGGCACGAGCAAUUUCUGCCGGACAAGUCCCGCUGCGCUUUCUUCAUCGGCGACGGCGCGGGCGUGGGUAAGGGGCGCACAAUAGCGGGGCUGGUGUUGGAGAACUGGCGCUGCGGCCGCAAGCGCCAUCUGUGGCUGACCAUUGGCACGGACCUGCGCAUCGACAGCCGCCGCGAUCUGGACGAUGUGGGCGCCACAGACAUUCCCCUCCACCCCCUCAAUAAACUGCCCUAUGGCCAGCUGGACUCUGACAAGGUGGGCGUGAAAGAAGGUGUUGUGCUGCUGACGUACUCCUCCCUGAUCAGCGCGGCCGACAGUGGGUCCUCCAGGAUACAGCAGAUUGUGGACUGGUGUGGGCCGGGCUUCGACGGCCUGGUCGUUUUUGACGAAUGCCACAAGGCCAAGAACCUGGUGCCGGACUCGGGAGGCAAGCCCACAAAGGUGGGGGAGAAAGUGCUGCAGCUGCAGCGCAUGCUGCCCAAUGCCAGAGUUGUCUACUGCUCAGCCACUGGUGCGAGCGAGCCGCGCAACUUGGGCUACAUGGAGCGGCUGGGGCUGUGGGGGGAGGGAACUCCCUCCUUCGCGUCCUUCCCAGACUUCCUGGAGGCCGUCGGCGGCCGGGGUGUCGGCGCGCUGGAACUGGUCGCUAUGGACAUGAAGGCGCGCGGCAUGUUUGUCUGCCGCACGCUCUCCUUCAAGGGGUGUGAGUUUGAAGUGGUAGAGGCGCCUCUGGAGGAGCCGGUGCUCAGCCACUACCGUGCAGCCGCGCGCAUGUGGAACCAGCUGCGCCGAGAGUUCCUGUACGCUGCUGAGCAGGCGGGUGUGGGAGAUGAGAAGCCGGGGCGUAGGGGGAAUCUGACGUGGCGCACGUUCUGGGGCGCGCACCAGCGCUUCUUCCGCCACCUCUGCAUGGCCGCCAAAGUGCCCGGCCUCGUGCGCAUGUCACAGGCAGCGCUGGAGGCCGGCAAGUGCGUGGUCAUCGGCCUGCAGUCGACCGGGGAGGCACGCACACUCGAUGUGGUGGCCGAGCGCGCGAUUGACGGCGAGCUGGAUGACUUUGUCUCUGGGCCCAAGGAGCUGCUGCUGAAGCUGGUGGAGGACAACUACCCGCUGGCCCCUGAUCCUGACGCUCCAGGUCCAAUUUGGAUUUGUGACAUGCAGGACUCCGGCAGGGACAAGCGUGGGAAGACCAAGGAGGAGAGCAACGGGGAUGCGGUGGAGGUAGACCUGACUCAGGACCCGGACGAUGACAGGGGCCCCGAAAUCCUGACCAUCUCUGAUGACGAGGAUGAUGAUGACGCGGCGGCAAAUGGAUCGGUGAGUUGGAUUUUUGGUCAACUUUCACUUUUUUCCGCUUCCUUUUCAUGUAGGGGCCAGCGCCAGAACUGCAGUGCUGCCUGCCUCUUGGGUGUUUGGGUGGGGUGUUCUGUGAAACAGGCACUUUGUCGAGAGCUGACUGCAUCAAAAGCAGCCUCAGCACUGUCACGUCUCCGGGAGCAGUGGCGCAUGCGGCGCAAGGCCGGCCUGGCCCGUAAGGAGCAGGCAAGAACCCUCUUUACGGGCCUGGAUCUCCCCAACAACCCGCUGGACCAGCUGAUAGACAUGCUGGGGGGCCCGGCGGCAGUGGCCGAGAUGACCGGGCGCAAGGGCCGCCUGGUUAGGCGCAAGACCGGGGAAGCCGGUGUCAAGUGGGAAGCGCGCAACGCGAGCGGGGUGGCCGCCGGGUCCAGCCUGGAGAUGAUCAAUAUCCACGAGCGCAAGAUGUUUCUGGAUGGGGAAAAGCUCGUUGCUGUGAUUUCGGAGGCCGCCUCUGCUGGGAUUUCCCUGCACGCCGACAGGCGGAUGAUAAACCAGCGGCAGAGGGUGCACCUGACGCACGAGCUGCCCUGGAGCGCGGACAAAGCGAUCCAGCAGUUCGGCCGCACGCACCGAGCCAACCAGACGCACGGGCCGCAGUACCGCCUCGUGUUCACUCCCCUGGGGGGCGAGAAGCGAUUCGCGUCAGCAGUUGCGCGGCGGCUGCAGUCGCUCGGGGCCCUCACCCAAGGGGAUCGGCGUGCCGGGACGGCCGGGCCAUCCCUGAGCGAGUUCAACUUCGAAAGCCAGUGGGGCCAGAAGGCGCUCAAACACAUGUACAAGGCCAUCUGCGAGGAUGAGGUGCCGAUGGUGCUGCCGCCGGCGUGCCAGCCGCGCCCGGGUGGCAGCUACAUGUCGCCAGCUGUGUUCUACGGCCAGGCGCGCGCGCACCUGCUCUCCGUCGGCAUCAUCCGCCCGGCCGCUGACGUCACCGCCAUAGACGUCAAUGCCUUCUUAUCCGCGCCCCACGGCGCGCCCCCCACUGCCGGCAAGGUCGCCGAGGUGGACAAGGGCGACGUCCCUCGUUUCCUCAACAGGCUGCUGGGCCUGGAGCCGGAGGUGCAGGAGUGUAUCUUUGACUUCUACCAGGCCAUCCUGGAGGCGACCAUCGCGCAGGCGCGCCGCGAGGGGCGCUUUGACGAGGGAAUUGUGGACGUGUCAGGCACGGCCAUCACUCUCGCCCAACAGCCCCAGGUGAUCCGGCGGGACGAGGUUUCAGGCGCGGCCACUCUGCUGUACAAGGUGCUGGUGGACCGGGGGGUCUCAUGCGACUCGGACGUGGUGUGCAUGGAUGAGGGGGAGGGUGACACUGCGCACAGCGGCUAUAGCGGUUUCUACCGCACCAGCCGAGAGACCGGCCGCGCCAAUGUGCUGCUAGCGCUGCAGGUGGCGGCGACCAAUCCGCCGCGAUUCAGGCUGACGCGACCGGUGACGGGCAGGGGCGGCAAAACCAUCGACCUCAACGAGCUGCGCAACAAGUACGAUCGAGUGGACCGCGCGCGUGCCGGCCGGGUCUGGGCCGAGGCGUACGAGGCGUCGGCGCAGAAGCGCACCGGGGCGGGGGCGCGCGUGCGAGUUCUGUACCUUGUCAGCGGCCUCGUGCUGCCGGUGUGGCAGGAGGUCAAGCGCGUGCUGGCCGCGCAGCCGCGGCCGGCCGAGCGGCGGCUGAGCGUCAUCCGCCUGGAGACCACCGGCGAGGACAGGAAGCGGCUGGUGGGGAUGCUGAUACCCGAGAAGGCUGUGCCAGAGCUGUUGGCCGAGCUGCAGACACCCCCGGAGGAUUCCCCAGAGCCGCAGCAGGACACGUUCAUAGACCCUGGCACUGGGAAGAGCUCAGGUGCCAGGAAGGGGCUGGUUUCUGAGAUACUGGCUGGCAUAAGGAGGGUGUAA